AUGUCUCUCUUUGAAGGAACUUACAUCAUCCGCUCCGCCUUGUCCCAGCACAAGCCUGUUGAUCUUGAGGCUUCCAAUCCUACUGGCCGUCUCAUCCAAUACACAUUCCACGGCGGCCCCAACCAGCAAUGGCGCAUUUCCCACGUCGGUAACGACGAGUUCAGCAUUCAAAACGUUGCCACUGGCACCUAUGCUGCUGCUCAGAAUGGAAACAAUACCGUGAUUAGAGCCGCCAGAACCAAUCCCCAGGGCGAUGCUUCUGCUCGUUGGAAAUUUGUCAGGGCCAAUGCCAGCAGCGACACUUGCAUUCGCAACGUGGCAUACAACAGCAAGACUUUUGAUGUAACUGCUAGCAACCAGGCGGAUUUGACGGAGAUCCUUGCUUAUUCUUACCAUGGCGGCUUGAACCAGCAGUUUACCUUUACGCGCGUUGGUUGUUAA